UCGCCGCCGCAGCCCGUGCCCCGCGCGCUCCUCCGCUCCGCGACCGUCGACAUGCUGCGCUGCGGCCUGGCCUGCGAGCGCUGCAGGUGGAUCCUGCCCCUGCUCCUGCUCUGCGCCAUCGCCUUCGACAUCAUCGCGCUGGCCGGCCGCGGCUGGCUGCAGUCGAGCAACCACAUUCAGACGUCCUCGCUGUGGUGGAGAUGCUUCAGCGAGACCGGCGGCAGCGGCUCCGAAGAAGAGGGCUGCAGGAGCCUCAUGGACUUCGCCUGGGGAAGAGCAGCCGCCGCCAUGCUUUUCUGUGGCUUUAUCAUCCUGGUGAUCUGUUUCAUCCUCUCCUUCUUUGCCCUCUGUGGACCCCAAAUGCUUGUCUUCCUAAGAGUGAUUGGAGGCCUCCUUGCUCUGGCUGCCGUGUUCCAGAUCAUCUCCCUGGUAAUUUACCCUGUGAAGUACACCCAGACCUUCAGUCUUCAUGCCAACCCUGCUGUCAUUUACAUCUAUAACUGGGCCUACGGCUUCGGGUGGGCGGCCACGAUUAUACUGAUUGGCUGUGCCUUCUUCUUCUGCUGCCUCCCUAAUUAUGAAGAUGACCUCCUGGGCAAUGCCAAGCCCAGGUACUUCUACACAUCUGCCUAAUGUGGGCAGUGAGAGCGGGAGAAAAUCGCUGCUGCUGAGAUGGAUUUCAGAGGAGGAAACUGUUUUCCUCAAGCUUCUUAUUUUUUGGGCAGUGUUCAUAUUAUUACAAUAGUCAGAAAUGCUAAAAUAAUUUGGGAGAAAAUAUUUCUUAAAUAAUGUUAUAGUUUCAUGUUCAUCUUUUAUAUACAUUUUGUGGAGUUAAAUAAGACUUGUUUUCACCAAUUACCACUAAUACAAGUAUACCAAUAUUUUCUUAUAUCUAUCCAUAACAUUUAUACUGCAUUUGUAAAAGAAUAUGAACAUGAAACUACCACUUUAUAAGAUAAAAAUAAGAAGGCUUCCAAGACUUAAUAAUCUAAGUUUGUUUGUCCCAGGUGGAAUGAACUGGGUCUAUUAAGGGCUAAGGCAAAUGAGGGAGAUAUUGGUAAAAAUUGUCAGUGACCAAACAUUCUAAAAGAAAUGCAAAAAAAAUAUAUAUAUAUAUAUUUGUCCAAGCCUUCAGCUAUUUAAAGAAGCAGAAUAGUUCCCUAGAUGCAUCUUGUUUGUGAGAAUUUCGAAUUAAUAUCCUGAAAAAUUGAUUUUUUGCUAAACUUCACAUUGACUUGAUAUGUCAUCUAGGAAGAUAUUCUUUCAUGGCCAAAGCCUGUUGGAGUAGUACGGCCUCCUUAAAUAGUGAAAUUUUAAGAUGAAAUUUUCUCUUUUAAAGUGGCUUAUAGGGUUAGGGUGUGGGAAAAUGCUGUAUUAAUACAUCUGUACUGUUUUGUGUCUAUAUGUUUAGGACCAGAGUAGACUGGAUUGAAAGAUGGACCAGGCCUAAUUCAUCACGACUGAUAGAUAUGCUUAGGUAGUGUAGUAAAGUGUUAGAGGAGCUAUUACUGUCGCAGAAGUGCCAUUAAAACAGCCUAAGGAGAAGAAAUGGCUUGCAUUUUUUAAAAUCUCAGGUUUAACUGGGCUCUGAUCAUAGAGACACAGCUUCUGAUAGAUUGUAACGGUAAGCAGAAACCUAAAUAUACUUAAAAACCUGGUCUUCCUUAGUAAACAUUUAAAACCUCUGAUAUAAAACAUGCAAUAGGAGAAUUCAGAGAUUGAUGUUUCUCUGAAUGGCAUAUAUAUGAUAUAUCAGAUGAAUUAUGUUUUUUUUAUCAUUUGUACUUAUAUAAUGAAAACCAAGUCAUUUUAUAUAUCAAAUUAUUAUUUUGUAAGUUUCAGAAUAAGCGAUUAUAGUUUUCAUUAUGAAUUUUUCCCAAUAAACCAGGUAUUCUAAUCUUG